AUGGACCGCUGUACAAAGUUCACGUGGCUUUGGGGGGAUAAGCAGCAAGUCGACGUGAAUCCGCAAGCGAAUUACACGCGAGAUAGGUCCCGACAGGAACGCGCUUACACGCCACACGCCUUACUCGCGCAGAUUGUCUUGUGGGUACAGGCUCAACAACCCCUUAAAUCGAGAUGCUUUGGCAAAGAGGAACUGCAACCUUUACCUAGGAAAAUGCAUCACAUUUCGAGGACGGUCAUCACUCUGAGUGCAGCUUCCAGGUUCAAUGAAUUACGGUCGGCACAUUCGUCGCCGACUUCGUCACCUCACAUUCCAAAAGCACUGCGGCUCUGGAAAACGAGUUGCGUUUGA